AUGGUGGACUGGAAUGAUCCUGACCUCGAAGAAAAAUCAGGGAUGCUUUCAGAGCGGCUACUGUAUAUUAUCGUUGGUUUAUACGGCAUUGCUUCGGAGGCAGCUUUCAUUCCGAUGGCCUUUGCUCCCAUACAUCACCGCUCGAUUCAGCUUCUUGAUCGCGACCGUUUUGCUUGCGACCACGACAAAUAUGACGAUCAGAACGUGGAUUAUCUGGAACACCAGUUACUUGCUGCGCUUCUUGCUAGCUCUCCUCUUACUAGGUCAUUGUACAGCGUUGCAACCGUUCGUGCAUCCACAAGAAACGGGGUGUGCAUGACUAGUUUUGUCAACCCCGCAUAUGCUGGUGCAGUGCCCGUAUAUAGCAUGUUCCAUGAUUGCGCACUUUUGGUUUUCACCAUUGUUGGACUAUGGAGGAUACCAUCGUCUUCUACGCUAUGGAAGACGCUCGUGACACAGGGCGUGAUAUACUUCGUCAUAAACUUGGCGGCAAACAUCGUUGCACUAGUCCUGAAUCGCUUGAACCUAAACCCUAUCAUGAAUAAUAUUUUCUCAAUACCUACGAUAUGCAUUUGCACGAUUGCAUCUAGCCAAGUUGUACUCUCGCUCCUCCGUGCUUCGCCAGACGAUGACAGUGACAGCGCCUCGUCGGUCAAAUCGCCACCGCUGAUGACUGACUUCACCGUUCCACAGUUCCCAUCUGUUGCUGAGCCCGAGGAGGGCAUUCGUUUGGAAUCACCGCAAGUACUACAUGGUCCCCAGCUUUCGAAUGGAACCAGAUAUCCCGUUCUGGCGAACGAAACUUUCUGA